GGGUAUGCGCAGGCGCAGUGGGUGUCCCCUGUAUGAGCGGAAGUGACGCGGAGCGCCCAGCCAUGGCGGCUGUCAGAGAUCUUCUGAGCGGUUGUGUGUCCGGGAUGUGAGAGCCGGAAACAUGAUGCGGGCACCGGGGCUGCUCGGCCUGCGAGGGUUCGUGGCGUUCGCGGCCAAACUAUGGAGCUUCGUGCUGUAUAUGAUGAGGAGGCAGGUCCGCACCGUCAUCCAGUACCAGACGGUGAGAUAUGAUAUUCUGCCUCUGUCUCCGGCCUCCAGGAACCGACUCAACGGGGACAUUCAAUCAUCUUCUUCUGUUGUGUAUCUCCCUGCCCAGGUCAGUCAGUGGUACGAGCUGGUCGUCUUCACAGCCAGUAUGGAGAUAUACGGUUCUGCCGUGGCCGAUAAACUAGAUAAUAACAGAGGAAUCCUACAGAGGCGUUUCUACAGACAGCACUGCACGCUGGAGUUGGGCAGUUACAUCAAAGACCUCUCUGUGGUUCACAAUGAUUUGGCCAGUGUGGUUAUCCUGGACAACUCGCCGGGAGCGUACCGGAGUCACCCAGAUAACGCGAUUCCUAUCAAGUCCUGGUUCAGUGAUCCCAGUGACACCGCCCUCCUCAACCUGCUUCCCAUGCUGGACGCCUUGAGGUUUACAGCCGAUAUCCGCUCUGUCCUAAGCCGUAACCUUCACCAGCAUCGACUGUGGUGACAUUGCGCCCCCGUCAUCCCCC